GAAUUCCUCAACAAGAAAUUGAUGAAUUAAAAAAGAUUCCUCUCAGUCCUGAAGAGAAAAGUUAUAUUGAGAAAUUGAAGGAAUGGAAAGAACUAGAAGAUGUUCUUUUGGAAAAAAUAAAAGAUGUUGAAGCAAAAGUUAGUAAAGUGGAAGACGAAGUUGUCAGUAUCAAAGACGAAGUUGUGAAGCAAGGAGAGUUUCUGCGUCCAUCAAAAGUCGAGCAGCUUGCCAAGUUUGACUUGAGUGGGAAGAUAAAUGGCCUGCGUGAAAAGUUUCAAGAUGGCACAAGAAAAUGGUUUUUCAAUAAACUGUCAAAUUGGUUUAGUGAUAAAAAUCGAGAAUCUAGAGCGAUGAUACUGACUGCAGGUCCUGGCGUUGGAAAGAGUGUUUUGUCAGCAAAGGUUUGUGAGCUGUAUAAGCAACAUG